AUGGGUGGCGCUAACAGAGAAGGCGGCAAGGUCAAGCCCUUGAAGCAGGCCAAGAAGGCCCAGAAGGACCUCGACGAGGACGACAUGGCCUACCUCGAGAAGAAGCGCGCCGACGAGAAGGCUCGCAAGGAGUUGGCCGCCAAGGCUGGAGGCAAGGGCCCUCUCAACACCGGUGGUCAGGGCAUCAAGAAGAGCGGAAAGAAAUAA